AUGAGCUAUCCACCGCCGCAUAACGGUCACUAUCCUCCGCAAUACCUGCAGCAACAACCUCCACGCCAACAUCCUCAACAGCCCAUUCAGCCGCCGCAGUUUUUAUAUAAUAACAUCAAUCCUGUGCAGUCACCACAAUCGCCAUACCAAUAUGGCAAGCCAGUCGCUUAUCCCCAGGUGAUCCCGAAUUUCAAUAGUUAUGCGCAGACUUUCAACAGUCAGCAACACGUACAACCACCUCAACCUGUACCGCCGCCCCAACCGCAAUAUGUGAACCCGGUAGAUCUAUUCCAACAAACACCCGUUGGUCCAGUCAUACCAUCCCAAUUCAAUACCUUUGGUACAUCCCAAUACACUGGACAGCCUGCCGCGUCUGUCGCAAACAACAACCCCGACCGCUCGCCCGCAUUACCCACUGUGUCUGGCUCGACGCAGCCAUCGUUCUAUCCCGCUCCCAGUGCUAGCCCGGGCAGCAACAACGCAUAUAAUCAAUAUCCACAGGUCGCUCCGAAACCGCAGACGACUCCGUUACAAAUGAAGCCCGCUCCCUCGCCGAUUUCCGCUUCUACUCCCGUGCCUGCUCCAGUCGCCAGUCCCAACCCCGUCCCUACAACUGCCUCUGCCACCAUGCCUUCCGUAGCUUCUUCUACGCCAACCGUUGCUCCUGCAUCCGUUUCUAGAUCUAUGACUUCGACACCUACUGCGCCCACCCCAACCCCGAGACCGGUUCCUCAGGUGUUGAUUCCCGCUUCUUCGCCAGAGGUCCAACAGAAGUUAUUGAAACAGCAAGCAGUCAGGAAACAAGGGCAGGCGCAACGGCAAGGAAGUCAGCAGGUUGCGCGCAAACAAGGGAAACCCUCGGUGGAUUAUCAGGUACUGCUGUUGUCUUUGGCGGACGAAUAUCUCAAUGCUGCUCAUAGCCAUGGAACUACUGUUGCCUCGUUGAGAAGGGAGGACGAUGUGGAGGAAUAUUAUAAACUUCUUGCUACGGGGCUUGGAUGUCUGGAGGCUGUUUUGAAGAACUGGAGGCUUCAACCACGUAUGGAGGCGCUUGUGCGGUUACGAUAUGCACGCGUCUUGUUCGAGGAAACGGAUAAUGACCUUGAAGCGGAAACCGCAUUGAGUAAAGGGAUCGACUUGUGUGAACGAAACCGCAUGUUGGAUCUCAAGUACAGUAUGCAGCAUCUUCUAGCACGGAUGCUCCACAAGACCAAUCCCAGAGCUUCGUUGAAGGCUGUCGAUGGUAUGAUCCAGGAUGUGGAAGCAUAUCGCCAUUCGGCCUGGGAGUAUGCUUUUCGCUUCCUUAGAGUCUCUCUUUCUUUAUCUCUAUCAUCACCAAACUACCAAGAUUCAGUUUCAGCGCUGCACCAUCUUCACAAGAUAUCCCAGAUGGCCAAUCGCAACGGUGACAAGGCUGUAUCAGCUAUGGCUGCUGUGAUCGAGGCACUUGCGCAUCUGCAGUUAGGCUCAAAUUUCGAUUCUAUUGAGCAGGCCCAGCGAGCAGUGGCUACCGCACGAAGUCAUCAGCUUAAUGAUGAUCUUCGGCACAUACCUCAACUUAUCACCCUCGUCCAGAUGAUUGACAUUUGCUGCAGUCUUCUCGAGUACGAUGUCAACCAAUCAGCUCAAAAGUUGCGAGUGUUGCAAGAAAUAAUGGACGAGAGAUUAAACUACCCUAACUGGCGCGUUGACGGAUCGUUUUCAGUCCCAUUGAACGGUAAAUCCGCAGGUCCCUCGUCGAUUGACACCGGUGAUAUUCUUCAAGUUCAAAAUGGCACAUUGCUUUUGAGUUUCAGUUGGUUACCCCAGCAUGAUCUUUACGCGCUGUGCUAUUUUCUCAGUUCUGUCACGCUUAGCGCUAAGAACUCGCAUGACGGCCGUAAAGCUGAAAAGUUCCUUCAAGAAGGGCGGCGCAUGCUCAAUAGCAGCUUCGAGACACCGGAGAACGUUGCGGAAUCGAUGGGUAACGCAAACAAACGCAUUGAAUGGCGCAGGACGCUAUGCUGCAAUAUCAUACUACAACAAGUAUUCCUGGCAUGUUGUCGAACCGACUGGGACUUUGCCAGAGAAAAUCUAAAUGAACUCCGACAAAUCGCACAAGAACUCGGUGACAACCUCUCAGGCAACGUCCAAUGCUUGAUGGAAUACACUGCAGGAACCAUCGCUCAAGCAACAGGAGAUCUCAAAACUGCUCUAACUAUCUUUCAAACCCCACUCCUCUCACUCUCCCCCAACGCUAGCAAAACAACACGCAACGACCCCUGCCGCGACAUUGCCAUCCUCGCAGCCAUAAACACCGCCCUCAUCAUCCGCGAUCCAUCCCACCCCUCCCACUCGCUCCUCCCAACCAUCCUCUCCACCAUCGAAUCCUUCGCCAAAACAAGUCCAAACAAAUACAUACAAGCAGCCUAUUACCUCAUUAAUGCAAUUGUGCAAACCGAAUCCACAAUCCAAACAAAACAAUUCCUUCAACAAGCGCUCCAAUCCGCCACAGCGAUCAGCAACUCCCAAAUCACCUGCAUGACUCUCACCUUCAUGAGCUGGAAGUACUUCCGCGGUGUUGUCGGCGAACAAGCAGAGAAAAGUGCACGAGCAGGCCGAGCAAUGGCGAAAAAAGCAAAUGAUCGACUUUGGGUCAGUGUUACAGAUGAAAUGCUUGCGGAGACAUUAGAGAGACAGGGCAAGGGAGAGGAGGCGGGAAGUGUCAGGGAUGAGGGAAUGAGAGUUACAAUGGGGUUACCCGGGGCGCUGAGGAGGGGUAUUUAA